AUGGCAAUGAUUGCAAUCAAAUUGAAAGCCAAAGUACCGGGAAGUAUACACUCAGAUCUGAGACGAGAGGGUAUACUUAAACAGGAUAUUUACGUACAAUAUAAUGAUAUCGACUAUCAAUGGGUUUCAUUAGAUAAUUGGACUUUUGUGAAAACAUUUACAGUGGAUUCAAAUAUAUUAAACAAGAAAACUGUUAACCUAUUGGCCAAAGGCAUCGAUACUAUUAGCAAUGUUUUCAUAAAUGAUAAACUAAUUGGCAAAACAAACAAUCAAUUUGUUAGAUAUAAGUUUAAUGUCAAACAAGUGCUAAAACUGGGACAAAAUACUAUACGUAUUGCUAUUCAAUCGGCACCGGCCUAUAUUAGACAACAGUACAAUGAUUUUAAACAAAAAUAUAAUUAUACCAUUCCUUCAAUUACCGCAAAUAAUUAUGCUUUCAUACGCAAAAUGGCCGCAUCUUUUGGUUGGGAUUGGGGCCCAUCGUUCCCGACUCAGGGUAUUUGGAAAGAUAUUGGUCUCGAAGUAUACGAUACGGCAAUAGUCAGGGAUAUAGUAGUGGAUACCAAACCCGUCAACAAAUCGAUGACUCGUUGGUCAUUAAAUUUGAUUGUAUUUCUCGAGUCGAUAGCAGAUCACGAGUUGAUGGGAUUGUUUGAUAUUAGUUUAGAUGAAAAUGUUUUAAUCACUAAACAAAGACACAUUUUGAAAACUAAUAGUAUGGGUGAGUGUAGUGUUAAGUUUGAUAUCGAAAUUCCCGACAAUAUUCCCAUAACUGUCUGGUAUCCCAACGGUGUUGCAAAUGAUACACAAAAACUAUAUAAAUUGACAGUUAAUGUGUCUGUUGUGGACAACAAUGACAACUACAACACUGAAGAAGUGUCCGCACAGACAAAGAAAAUCGGUUUCCGUACCAUUCGUUUAGUACAACAACCGAUUCGGCCGAAAGGUUUGACAUUUUAUUUCGAAGUAAACGGAUUACCGUUUUAUGCAAAGGGAACCAAUUGGAUACCGGCUCACAAUCUACUCGAUACUGUCACUGAUGACUAUAUCAGACAUCUAUUGGUGUCGACAAAGGAGGCCAACAUGAAUAUGAUGCGUGUCUGGGGCGGCGGUGUCUACGAGACCGACUAUUUCUACGAGUUGGCCGAUGAACUGGGUAUUAUGAUUUGGCAGGACAUGAUGUUUGCCUGCGCUCCCUAUCCGGCAAAUCAGGAAUAUCUGGAAACAGUUGACCUGGAAGUACGUCAACAAUUGAGACGUUUAGAAAAUCAUCCGUCUAUUGCCAUUUGGUCGGGAAACAAUGAGAUUCAAUAUGUUGAAGAAAUAAUUUAUCGAAAUAAUAGUCACUUUAUUGAUGAUUAUUAUAAUAUGUUUAUCAAACAUAUUAAAACUAUUGUCGACAAUGAAGACCUAAUGGUACGACCGUUUGUCAGUUCCAGUCCAUCAAAUGGUUUGCAAUCAGUCAAAGAUAAUUAUACAUCCAGUCGAUCGGCUAACGACUACCGUUACGGUGAUGUCCAUUAUUAUAAUUAUAACAGUCCGCUGUGGAACUGGACAGUGUUUCCCAGCGGAAAGUUUGUAUCUGAAUACGGGUUUCAAUCGUAUCCAUCAUUGGAAACCUUAUCCCAAGCUUUUCUGGACAAUGACUUUACAUAUCCAUUGAGUAAAGCUGUUCAACGCCGUCAACAAAAUCUAUUGGGAUAUCAAUCGAUUGAGACGAUGAGCGCCCGAUAUUUUAAAAUGCCGUCCAAUGGACUCGUCGAUCGAUUCAAUGAUUUUGUAUAUUUAUCGCAAAUAACACAAGCGAUGGCUAUUAAAAGCGAAACUGAAUUUUAUCGCCGAAAUCGUGAUAUCGACGAUCAGACUGGCAAUGGAUAUACUAUGGGUGCCCUGUAUUGGCAAUUGAAUGAUAUAUGGCAGGCGCCCACUUGGGCUUCAAUUGAAAGCAAUGGCAAAUGGAAAGUAUUGCAUUCAUAUGCCAAACAAUUUUUCAAUAAUCUAUUGGUAGUGCCCUAUGAAGACAAUAAUCAACUAAAAGUUUCCGUAGUCAAUGACUAUUAUUCAAAAAUUGAUUAUAAUUUUUCAAUUAAAGUCUAUAAAUGGUCGCAAAAUAAACCAAUUUAUGAAUUAAAAGAUUUUUACAAAAGUGAUAGUUUUUCAGCAAAAGUUGUUUACAGCAAACCUAUUGUCGAUUUGUUAACUGAAUCGAAAUGUUUGAAUAGAAAUGAAUGUUUGCUUAGUUUUGAAGUAAACAAUUUUGAACAUAAAUUACAGUCUAAUAACUUUAUGUUAUUAACGGAACCGAAAAAUUCAAAACUAAUUAAACCUAAUAUCAAAGUAUUGGACGUCAAAAAAGGGGGAAUCAAUGAUAAAACAUUUAUUAUAAGUCUAUCAUCGGAAACAAUAGCACCGUUUGUUUUGUUAGAUUUUAGACCAAAUUCAGAAAUUAGCGGACAAUUUAUGGAAAACGGUUUCUUUAUAUUUGACGGACAAAAAUCAAUUAUUUUUAAGUCAAACUCACAACUAAUUAGUGAACAACAAAUUAAAGAUAAACUUAUUGUUAAAACAGUUACCGAUGUUAUCUAA